GAUAAUGACCGGCAUUCUAUAAAUUAUCCCUUAAUUAUUACUUGGUUCUUCUCAAUGCUGUAGACUACAUUCGUAUUCGGUUGCUAAGCGACGUCAACGACUUUGGUGAAUUAUUUCUCUGCUGAUCAACGCUACGAAUGAUAACAAAUACAUCGGAAAAAGACACACUGUGUGAAGUUAUUUUUUCGAUUUGGCUAGUAGCCAUUACUAAUAAUACCAAUACUCUUUGCCUGGGAUGAUGAGACAUCAGACAAUCAAGUCAUUUUAGCCUGAAUGCAUAGGUAAGAAGCACCAGAGCAGGUUGCUAGUACCAUGGACAGUAUCAGAACGAUAACCUGUUGAACUAAAUGGAUGUGGUAGGCUACACCACGGGAUGCAUCUGCAGACCACUGCCACAUAAAUAAAGACACAGUCCCCCGUCUCCUGGAGAGGCAGGAGCAGCAGCAGCCUACCUAUGUCGCCCUGAGCUAUGUCAACAGACACAGUCCCCCGUCUCCUGGAGAGGCAGGAGCAGCAGCAGCCUACCUAUGUCGCCCUGAGCUAUGUUAACAGCGCUGGGGAAGGCCUGACUCGGAGCCUCCACACACCCGGCACGCCAGCGGCAACCAGUCACCCCACCCAUGAACUCCUCCUCCUCCUACCACAGCAGUACCCCGACAGGUAGCGAGUGUGAUGAGGAGAUGGACUACAAGGACUCAGACAGCAACGAGUCCUGGACCAUGGAGAGCGCCAUCAGUUCUGAGACCAUCCUCGGCUCCAUGGGCAUGAACGGGAAUGUGAAUGGGAUCAAGUACCAUGCGAAGAACGGCCACAGGAACCAGAUCAGGGCACGCAAGCCUUUCAAGUGCCACUGUGGGAAGAACAAUAAGGCGUCUCAGGGCCUCCGGCAUCACACCAUCCACUUCCACCCGCCGCUCUCAGCUGACAUCAUCUGCAAGAUGUAGCAGUGAGGUGGAGAAGGUGGAACCAGCAACCACCUGACACAAAAUCACCAGCCACCACAGGCAACCAACUCUCUCUUUCUCUCUCUGGCCUCGGUUAUGCUUGUCUUUUAAGUGAGACUUUUGUGAUUAGAUCUCUCCAGGAUGGGUAAGGCCUAGCUUUCGGGCACUCUCAGAUCAGAUCUAGGUCGCAUUUUGAUCGAAUAGGCAGGGUUGCAUAUGGUUUGGCUCACACUUAAAUAUUUGGUAACAACAGAUAACUCUGUAAGCCCCCUGCCCUGAAUGCAUAAAACAGGAAAGCAUGUUGCAAGUUUGUUUCAUAAUCAAAAAUUAAUAAACAUUUGUAUAGCCUACAUGA